AUGGCAGGCUCAUCAGGAACGCCGGGCAUACCCGAUGUGGAAGCUGCGCCUGAAAAAUCAGCGCCAGUCGUCCCCGCGCCUACGCACGAUGGUUCGCCCACCGACGCUCUUUCACAGGUCCAAGAGAUAUCAUUGGCGUCCGUGACCAACCUUUCACCGCCCAUGGGCGUCUCCGCGCAGCCUUCUUCGCAGGCUACAACAACAACGGAACAGCCAUCGCGGCCGCAUUCAACGCUACCAACAGCCAUGGCCUUGACUUCUUCAGCUCCUCCGGCGCAGGAUGCUGGUUCAGCUGCCCAGCUUCCGACAUACGGAACGCGGUCGCGGAACCGUCCUGGCAAACCCCGUAUAAACUACGCUGAAGAUGCGGACGUUGACUUCGAGUACUCAGUGCCAGCAAUUAACACUACGGUCGAGCGGCACACGUCCUCUUCAGAGCGUACCUCUCGAAGCCCACUCACCGGCGAUAGCAGGCAGUCCCCGACGGUCAGCAGUACAAAAAAUUCGGUAGCUGGCAUGCUGAAGGGCGUGCAGAAGGUCUUCCCGCAGUUAUCGAAAGAGUCUCCGAUUCCAGGCAUGUCAACAUUCUCGGCGAACCCCAAUGGCCAUACGCCGCCAACGGCGCCCAAGAAGCGCAAGAACGCGGCCAAUCAUGGCAACCAUACUGGUCAGACCACUAGUGUAGCGAGUGCACACUUGUCUGCCAAACGGACACCGUUUAUGCAGGCGCUUUCUGGCCCUCGGGAAACGAACAUGCUUACUUUCGAAAAGAGCAAAGCAAUUCUCAAAAAUGGCAAACUGGUCGCGGACGAUGGUACCAUCGUGGCUGUCAACGCAGAUACCGUAUACUUGGUUUGCGAGCCCCCGGGAGAUCCAUAUUACCUAUGUCGCAUUAUGGAGUUCAUCUGCGCUGAGGGCGACAAAACGUCGUCACCUGUUACCUCAUUACGCGUCAACUGGUUUUACCGGCCCAGGGACAUCUCGAGAUUUAGCAACGACACGCGUCUGGUCUAUUGGACCAUGCACUCAGAUACUUGUCCGAUCACAUCGCUUCGCGGCAAAUGUCGAAUAUUACACCGUAGCGAGAUUGAUGACCUGGAGGAGUACCGCAAGGCGAAAGACAGUUUCUGGUUCAACCAGUGUUUCGAUCGUUUCAUCCACCGCUAUUACGAGGUAGUUCCUACGUCGCAGGUCAUCAACGUACCUGAAAAGGUCAAAAAGGCUCUUGACGAGAAUUGGAAAUAUAUUGUAGUCGAGACGAACCGAAUGAAGGAGUUAACUAGUGCCGUGAAGUCGUGUAAGCGCUGCGUUGGAUACUGUGCAACGAAUGACUCUGUUGAAUGCGCUGUGUGUCACAAUACGUACCAUAUGGACUGUGUACGUCCUCCGCUCCUGAAGAAGCCCUCGAGGGGUUUCGCCUGGGCGUGUGGUCCCUGCAGUAGAGCGCAAGAACGCAAACUAGAGGCUCGUCGUACUCCAAUCGUUGGAGACGUGACUCCGGAUGGUGAGGAGGAGGAAGUCUUCGAAGAGGAAGAGGAAGACGCAGGAGCUCUAGUCCCGACCACGGCUCCAAGUCCGAGCGGUUCAGACAUUCAGCCGGGAACUCAAGCGGAGCUUGCACUUGUGAAGAUGUGGCCGGGACGAUAUCUUGGGAUUCACUGUCGAGUCGAAGAUGCUUUGCAGUACGAUGACCGAGCUAUCUAUCCACGGGCGAGUUCGAGGCUGGGCCCUCGACACCAAUCGAAUGUAGACGAUUGGUUUGGCAGACCUGUGGAGCUUGUCAAGCCGGUAGAAAUCAAGAAGCGAUAUGUCAAAAGCACCAGCCACAAGAAAGACGCAAAGCUAUCCAAGGAGACUGUUGCAGCGCUUGAGGCGGAUCGAGCUGAGAAAGCCACGCGGCCAAAAUGGGUGCAAGAUGAACCUCCGGGGUAUGUACAGCGCGGCGAGGACUAUCCGAAUAACGACCCAAGGAACACGGCGAAGCUCCUCUUCAAGAUGCCUCCUGCCGGCGUUCAUUCAUCUAGAGGAGAUGACGCGCCGGACGCGCCGGACGAUCGCGAGGAACUUAUGAAAUCCUACAUGGAGCGCGCGAAAGCGCUUGCCAAGGAUGUAGGGGUUCACGAGUACUCCGUUGACUUUCUCGACAAGGCCGUACAAUUGCUGCAAGAGAACAACUACAACGCUCAGGCAGCUCUCAAACAGCUGAAGAAAGUAGACCGCCACAAAGACCUGGGAAUCCCUGAACCAUCGAAAGAGGAGUUUAAAAGAUUUGAGGAGGCCGUUGCAAAGUAUGGUUCAGAGUGGCGACUUAUUCGGCAGCACGUAAAGACAAUGUCGCACGCCGACGUUGUGCGAUUCUACUACAUGUGGAAGAAGUCGCCAAAGGCUAGAGAGAUCAAAGGUUCUCACAGUGGAAGAAAGAUCAAAAUCAAAAACAUCGACACGGAUACUGCAUCAAGGUUGCUUGAUGAUGUUGCUGAUGAUCAGGACGACUCAGCUUUCGACAAUGACAAGGCAGCAAGCCGAAAACGCGGCUUUCAAUGUAAAUUCUGUGAGACCAGACAAUCCCGGCAGUGGCGCAGGGCGCCAGGAGUGGCCCCUGGACAAACUGUCCCUGGAGACAACAAGGGAACCAAGGACAAAAGCUCUGCUUUGGUGCUUGCGCUCUGCCAGCGCUGCGCUUACUUAUGGAGGAAGUACGCAAUCCAGUGGGAGGAGAUAGAGGAGCUCACCAAGAAGGUCGCUCAAAGCGGCGGGAGAACCAUCAAGAAGCGCUUCGACCAGGAACUCAUCGACGCGGCAUUCGCUUCCAAAGAAGAGAGGGAGAUGGCCAAUAUCAAUGCCAGACUCGACUAUUCUGCCACGCCUCCUGUGAUGUCCCAGUCGGAUCUGGAACCGCCAAAGAAGAAGGCGAGGAUGGCACCUGAGAAGCAAAGCACGCCACAAGCAGCACCCUCAGAACCGGUCCAAAAGCCGAAACCGCUACCUCCGCCAAGGCCGCCUACACCCCCUAUCGUACCAGCGCUUCCAAAGUUUAGAGAGCUGCCCUGCCGCGUCUGUAAAGUGAUGGGCACAUCCGAAGAACCCACGAUCAUGUGCACAAUCUGCAGACUCACAGUACACGGUCAAUGCUACGGGGUUACGGACAGCCAACGUCCCAACAACAAGUGGCACUGCGAUACAUGCAGGAAUGAUAGGCAGGAAGUGGUCUCUUUCAAAUAUGAAUGCGUACUCUGUCCGGUCAAGCGCGUAGAGCAAGACCUUGUCGAGGCACCAAAGGUGUCGCACAAGAAGAAGACCGAUAGGGAGCGCGAGAAGGAGAGACUUGAGAAAGAGCUGGCGACCAAGUUUGCUGAAGACUACCGUCAAGGCCAGCUCCAGAAAGGACGCCCAGACGUUCCGCGUGAACCGUUGAAGCGCACGGCCGACAACAACUGGGUCCACGUUCAUUGCGCUGUGUGGACACCUGGCACAUCUUUCAGUAAUGCCGAGGCACUUGAGCUUGUGGAAGGCAUUGGCUCCCCUCAGGUGCUAGCCAUGUACGGCCAUGGUCAUGUCUGCAAGGUAUGCAAAAGCGACCAGGGACCAAUUACGAAGUGCAAAGAUUGCGAUUCGACUUUCCAUAUCGGUUGUGCGCAUGUUGAGGACUACUCCUUCGGUUUCGACAUCACGCCAGUUAAGAGCACCCGCCGCGACGCCGUAAGCACAUUCACGCUAGGAACUGAGACUGGGUCGCUACACGCCGCCAUCUGGUGCAAGGAGCACAAGAGUAUCAAGACGAUCGUCCACCCAGUCUUUGAGGUAGUCCCAGAAUCUGGGCUCAACGCACUGCAGUUGUAUGUGCAAAACUACAAGCAGGCCGAUCUGACCUUGACUGGAACUGCGCGGAAGGCCAAUCUAGUCGAUCAGUCCACACGAUCAGGCAGUUUCGCCCCUGCUCCAGCGACGACUGGAAACAACCGGCGAACCUCGACCGCGCAAACUGGGAACACUGCGCUUCGAUCUCAGCGGCCAUCGUCUGCUGGUCUCAAGCCUGAAGACCAGGAAAGCAUGACUGGGAUUGAUGUCAGUCUUGUGGAGCGUCGCUGCGUUACCUGCAAUAUCGAUGUUACGCCAAAGUGGUGGCGAGUCGAUGAGUCGUCCAAUACAGAUGGAGUGGAAACGAAGCCAACUUCGUCGUCAGAAAAUGCUCCUUCUGGAAUCAACCCAGCCAACAGUAUAGCAAUGGAGCUGCGUGAUCGUGAUGUGGGCGGGAGCCACAUACCGAACGGGCUCACUGAUUAUCAGGGUGACCCUUCACACACAUCUCUUGACGCAGCUGCAUCGGCGGCCGUACCAGCACUAGCUCCCUUGGAAAACGAUACAGAGACAACCCAAGGCCAACCGGAUACAUUCAUCUGCAACAAGUGCCACUGGAAGAAGCUUCACGAACCCGAACUUCAAGAAGCGAAGAGAUCAGAAUCUCAGGAGUCACUUGCACAUCAGCCACCAGGAUCGCCCCAACGCCUCUACCCUCCACCACAGCUGCCUUGGAUACCUCCUGCCAAUAUACCACCACCGCCAGUUCAUCCUCCUAGUUGGCCGAGCCACGGUCCGUCAAUACUGAAUGGAAUCUCGACUUCUCCCCAACCUCUCGCGCACCCUCCGUUACAACAGCCGUACCAUCUCUCUCUACACACACAUCCUCCACCGAACGGCUAUCCCUCAUUUCCUCCACCCGGCGGCCCGCCUCCCGGCACAAUGCGCGGUUCCCCCUUCCCACCCCCCCACCAUCAGCCCGCGCCGCUGCAUCUAAGCAAUUCUCCCAUGAUAGGCGGGUUGCCGAACGGUAUGCACUCACCACACAUGCCGAUGAUUUCUCCAACGUACGGGCCGCCAACCUUACCACCUCGGAACACGGAUAGUCCUUACUCGGCGUCUAGCGGUCCACAUCUGCCACCGUUCGGCCAUUCGCACGGAAGCCCAGCGCCUUUGAACACUCGGCCUUCGACCCCUCGAGACUCGGUCCUGAGCCAAAACGCUGAUCGUCGCCCCAUGGGUGGAGCUAGUGCUAGCCCAUCUCUCUCGAAUCUCCUUCAUUAG